UUCAAAACACUAAACCGGCAGAAUCUUCAUUAAUCGUGUGGAUUUGGUGUCGUUUCUGUUCAAAAUGACGGCUGAAUGCGGCCAGUGAGAAAUCAGACAGCAGGCUGGACGCAUGCCAGUGUCUGUGUUGUCUUAUCAGUGCUAUUGAUGACAGUUAUUGAUCUUCAUCAUGAAGCUGAGCUCAUCACUAUUUGCUUUAUUGUGUCUCAUAUGUGAGAUUGUGUCCAUCGCUCUUUUCCUGCGAGGAUUCUUCCCUGUUCCUGUCAAAUCGUCCUUUUCAGCCAAGAGCAAAGUGCCUCAUUUCCCUGCAGAGCCACAGACAGGAAGUGGGCCGAACUCCAGAAAAGCUCCUGAGCCUUUGUUCAAGCGGGUGGUGAUCGUCCUGAUCGAUGCUCUCAGAGAGGACUUUGUGUUCGGCUCUGAUGGCCGGAGCUUCAUGCCCUACACUAGUCAUGUGGUGGAGAGAGGCUCUUCUCACAGCUUCAUAGCCAAAGCCAGACCGCCCACCGUCACCAUGCCCAGAAUUAAGGUGGACAAUAAUGUGACCCGUCAUCUGGACGACACUCUGAAGCGAGAUGACUGGGAUAUUCUGAUUCUGCAUUAUCUGGGUCUGGACCACAUCGGACAUAUCAGCGGACCCCACAGCUCUCUGAUAGGACCCAAACUCAUGGAGAUGGACGACAUCAUCAAGAAGAUACAUGCCUCGCUCAUAUCAAAGGAAUCUGAAGGGACGUUGCCCAACUUACUGGUUCUGUGUGGAGAUCACGGCAUGUCUGAAACCGGAAGCCACGGCGGAUCUUCGGAACCGGAAAUCAACACGCCCCUUGUGCUCAUCAGCCCCGCCUUCAGGAGGAAAGUGGGAUUUGAGAAGCCGGGCGUCCUGGAGCAGGUGGAUCUGACCCCCACCCUCGCACUGGGUCUGGGGUUACCCAUCUCCAAGAACAGCGUGGGCCAUUUGAUUCCAGCAGUGUUUGAGGAGUUAUCGCUCAGAGAACAGCUGCGCCUCCUCCAGAUCAAUGGACACCAGCUCAGCCGCCUCCUACAGGACAGCAAUCCCACCUUCCACAAGGAGGAUGGUUACGAGCAGUUUCGCGUGGCGGAGAAAUCUCACGGAAGCUGGAUGAAGCUCUAUUUGGAUGGAAACACGUCAGAGGUUCUGAGUAACAUGGGCAAGAAGGUUCUCAAACAGUAUCUGGAGGCCCUGAAGGCCAUGAGUUCAGCUCUGAGCAAACAGCUGGGCAAAUACGACAUGUACUCCAUGAUCAUGGGCAUGAUCUUCAUACUGCAGGUGCUGUUUUUUCUGAUGUUGGCCAUGCCAGAGGCUUUGAGCAGGGAGGCAGUUGUGGACGUCCCACUGGCGUCAUCUCUGCUCUCUCUGCCCUUUUACCUGCUGUGUUUGUUUGGCUCGGCCCUUCACGUGCUGGUCUGCACCUCCUCCGGGGGCCCCUGCUACCUCUGCUCUCUCCCUUGGGUCCUAGUGUUCACCGUCAUCCUCUUGACCGCCGCCUUCACAUGUGCUCUGGUUAGCAUGGCAGCGAGGAGGAUGCCGGUCAGCAACAAGACCCCUGCUAAGGGCUCUGACUGGACUCUGUCGGAGUUGGACGCUCUGUUGCUGAUCGGUACGGUGGGUCACACCCUGAGUUUGGGUUCCAGCAGCUUCAUAGAGGAGGAGCACCAGACCUGGUACUUCCUGCUCAACACGCUGUGCCUGGCCAUCUUCCAGGACGUCUGCAGGAAGUACUUCAGGGAACAGAGGCAUCGUGGUGAGGAGGAGGACGAGGGGCCUUUGCUUCACUCCAGCACCGAAGAAGGACCGUCAUUCUCCCCGGCGGUGGAGCUGGGAGUGAGUUGGGUCUCAGAGAAAUGGCUGGCGCUGGCGACCCCACUGCUGACCUUGACCUGCUGCCGCUUGCUGAGGUCACUGAAUCAGACCGGAGUGCAGUGGGCGCACCUGCCCGACUUUGGACACUGGCUCAACAGCUAUCGUGCCGCCGUCGGAAAUGUCCUGUUCCCAUGGCAACACAGCAGCCGUGGCGUCUCCAAGGGAACCAUUGAGGCGCGAUUCGUCUAUGUUUUCAUCCUUGGUAUCAUAUUCACCGGCGUGAAGGACCUGUUGCGUUCGCAGGUGAUGUCGUCAGCGGUGGACAGCAGGCGGCUGAAGAGCAGGGGACUGUGGGAAGUGUACAGUGGCGUGGUGUUAUUGGUGGCUCUGUUGUUCAGAGCUCAUAAUUUGCCCACGCUGGCCUGCUGUCUGCUCAUCCAGACAAUCAUGGCUCAGUUCAUCUGGAAGAAGCUCCACUACGAUGCCGCCCAGACCACCAUCAUGCACUACUGGUUCGGCCAGGCUUUCUUCUACUUUCAGGGAAACUCUAAUAACAUUGGGACGGUGGACAUCUCUGUGGGUUUUGUGGGUCUGGAGAGUUACGUAGAAGCACCUGCCAUUUUCCUGACUGCACUGAGCACAUACGCAGGACCGCUGCUCUGGGCCUGUCAUCUGCUGUGUUUCCUCAGCUCACAGAGAGACAGGGCUGUAAUGGGUCUCGGUCAUGGCAGCUACUGCUUUGCACUCCUGCGGUCCAUCCCAGAUGUGUUUUACGUGGUUCUGGUCACCAGUCUCCGAUACCACCUUUUCAUCUGGAGCGUGUUUUCUCCAAAACUCUUGUACGAGGCCAUGCACACCCUCAUCACCACCGCUGUAUGUCUGUUUUUUACAUUUAUGGAUCAGGAACGCUCGGCCAGACCGUGAAUACAAAGCCAGAACCAGGACCAAAGCCAUACUCGGGUACAGAACAAACGUUGCAGUUGAGUUUUGCGCACCAAAAGGAGAAAUAAAAUGAGAGAAAAAGCGAUGGGAGAAGGUUUUAGGUAAUUCUACUACUGUGAAUGAGGUCAACAUUGAGAAUUCAGAGCUUACAUGGGGAUUUGGCUCACUCUACUGACUUUCACUCAUUUGUGUGUAUGCGAUUAAAUUAUUUUUAUAUUUUUUGGGAGGUCAUUGAUAGUGCAGAUAACAUAUGGCAAGACUUGUGGGCAUACAUAUGAUAAUCCCUCUCAU